CACCUUCAUUGGAGUUACUGAACUAACCUUAAAAAAAAAAACACAACCACGAUUCCUUUCUUUCCGCUGCAUCAUGUUCCCCGCCAUUUCUCUUCCAACCAACAUAACUGUCAAAACGAACAUAACUGUCACUUCCACACCCAGAGCCACAAACACUCACAAACACCAAACAAAACCUUUCAAUUCAACCCUAAAAUCUCUCUGCAAAUUGGGCAAAUUGAACGAGGCGCUUCGCCUCAUCGAAUCCUCAAAGCUCACAUCCAAUGAAGAAGAUAUAUCUCUCCUCCUCCAUGCCUGCAUUUGCAGAAGGUCAUUGGAACAUGGCCAAAAACUCUACCUUCACUUGCUUCGCUCUCAAGACACAAUCUUGGAGAACCCCAUGUUGAAGAGCAAGCUCAUCACGCUGUACUCUGUUUGUGGCAGAGUCGAUGAGGCUCGCCGUGUGUUCCAAGACGGAAUUGGCGAUGAGAACCUACCAGAAUCGGUGUGGGUAGCUAUGGCUAUUGGCUAUUCGAGAAAUGGGUUUUUCAAGGAAGCAUUGCUUCUUUACCGUGAGAUGUUGUCACGGUGUGUUCAGCCCGGCAAUUUCGCUUUCUCCAUGGCCCUCAAGGCCUGUUCUGAUUUGGCUGAUGCAUUGGUAGGCAGAGCAAUCCAUGCCCAAAUCGUGAAGCAUGAUGAAGAAACUGAUCAAGUUGUGAACAAUGCGCUUUUGAGGUUCUAUGUGGAGUGUGGGUGCUUUGAUGAUGUCCUAAGGGUGUUUGGGGUAAUGCCUCAACGAAAUGUGGUGUCUUGGAACACUUUAAUUGCGGGUUUUGCUGGUCAAGAUAGAGUGUUUGAGACACUUGAUGCUUUUAGGGUUAUGCAGGGAGAGGAAAUAGGGUUCAGUUGGAUUACCCUUACAACAUUGUUGCCAAUCUGUGCUCAACUCACUGCACUUCAUACUGGGAAGGAGAUACAUGGACAGAUUUUGAAGUCCAGGAAUAAAGCUGAUGUACCUUUACUUAACUCACUGAUGGACAUGUAUGCCAAAUGUGGAGCAAUUGGUUAUUGUAAAAAAGUAUUUGACAGAAUGCACAGCAAGGAUUUGACAUCAUGGAAUACAAUGCUGGCUGGAUAUUCAAUCAAUGGGCAAAUAGAAGAAGCGAUUGCUUUGUUUGAUGAAAUGAUAAGAUCUGACAUUAGACCAGAUGGUAUUACCUUUGUUGCCUUACUGUCAGGUUGUAGCCAUUCAGGGCUAACUAGUGAGGGGCAAAGAUUGUUUAAUGUGAUGGAAGAUUAUGAGGUGAAUCCAUCUUUAGAGCAUUAUGCUUGUUUGGUAGACAUAUUAGGCAGGUCGGGGAAACUUGAUGAGGCAUUAAAUGUGGCAGAAAAUAUUCCAAUGAAACCAAGUGGCAGCAUUUGGGGAUCAUUGCUUAACUCGUGCCGGCUUUAUGGUCAUGUUUUUCUUGCAGAAACAGUUGCGGAGCGGUUGUUUGAAAUCGAACCUAACAAUCCAGGAAAUUAUGUGAUGCUUUCAAACAUAUAUGCAAAUGCUGGGAUGUGGGAAGGUGUUAAGAGAGUUAGGGAAAUGAUGGCCAUAAGGGGCAUUAAGAAAGAUGCUGGAUGUAGCUGGAUACAGAUAAAGCAUAGAAUUCAUACAUUUGUUGCCGGAGGGAGCUAUGAUUUUCGUAGUUCUGCUGAGUAUUUGAAAAUUUGGAAUGAGUUGUCAAAUGCCAUUAAGGACUCAGGAUAUAUCCCUAACACAGAUGUCGUUCUUCAUGAUAUAAAUGAAGAGAUGAAGAUAAUAUGGGUUUGUGGGCACAGUGAACGGCUUGCAGCUGUAUUUGCACUCAUCCACACUGCUGCUGGAAUGCCAAUCAGGAUUACUAAGAAUCUUCGGGUUUGUGUCGAUUGUCACUCAUGGAUGAAGGCUGUUUCAAGAAUUACUAAGAGACUAAUUGUAUUAAGAGAUACGAAUCGGUUCCACCAUUUUGAAAAAGGUACUUGUUCUUGUAAGGACCAUUGGUGACAAAGGUCAUCAUG